AUGAAAAUCUGCGUCCUUCAAUCCUCGUACGAGGGCUCUGAGUCCAGCCUGAAAGAAAUAGACACAAGUUUUCCCAAUCCUGGUGCCUUCACUUCGCAGCAUUCAUUCGAGAACCGAUUCAUCCACAGGGACACGGCAAAGGAGGAAAUCGACGCCAUUGCCGCUGAGGAUUUCGACUUUUACAUCAACUUUCUCUGGGGAUCGUUGGACGAUGAUGUAGCUGGGAUCCAGGCUAGUCAGUAUUUCGAGACACUGGGACUGCCAUCUGCAGGCAUUCGCAGCUGGGAGCGCUCGAUGACCAAGAACGACUUCUAUGAAACCUCCCGUCGGCGUGGUGCUCCCCCUGUGCCGGGGACGGAGAGAUUUCCUCUCUUUGUGAAGCCAGCCAAAGGGUGUGCCAGUCAAAUGAUUGAUGAGCACUCUAUUUGCUACAACGAAACGGAUCUUCACAAAGCACUGGGCCGCAUCAAUGAGCGACUUCGGGAUUCUCGACUGCGCAGAGCUAAAGCCCUGGGGCUUGGAGACCCUCAAGCUUACGCGGACUCGUACGAUGCUGGAAGCCGUUCCAGUGACGACAUUGUUGUUCAGGAAUACAUCAGUGGCCAGGAUUACACCGUCAGCGUUAUCGCAAUGGGAGCCUGUGCCUUGGCUCUACAGCCUUGCAUUGUCAAUAGCAGGCAAGUCCCAGGGGAGAACUUCCUCACCUUUGACGUGAAAUUCGACGAGCAAACGCGGUUUGAGCUCAUUCGCCGCAAAGACAAUCCCACCUUAUACGACCGCCUCCAAGAAGUGGCAUUGGAAGCAUUUGAGACUGGCGGGUUUCGACAUAGUUAUAUGGGAUGUGAUGUGGACAUGCGUGCCCGACCAAACGGCGAGGUCUUUGCCAUCGAGGUCAACCCCCAGCCAGCAUGCUUCCUCCCAGAUGCCACCGGCUUCUCAGACUCACCGAUUAUUGAAAGCCUUCCUGGUGGCCAUACUGCGGUGGUGAAUAUCUUCAUUGCCAAUUAUUACCUCCAGAACGGCGCUCUCAGGGAAUGGUCAAAGGUUGCUGGCAUAUAUGACAAUUUUGCCCCCAGCUACGACGAGACACUGCAGAGCGCCUCGCAGAUUGAGAGUAUCAUUCGCGGGGUCACAAGAGAUUUUGAUUAUGAGGGGACAGUGGUUGACCUUGCAUGUGGCACAGGCGUCUUUGGUCGUCUGCUCGCUGAGUGCAGGCCGGGGCUCCAUCACCACCGUCGUGGCAAGCUUCUAGGGUUUGAUAUAUCGAGAGGAAUGGUGGAUGUUUGUCGUACACUGGGAUUCUACAAUGAAGUCCAUGUAGGCCGCAUGCAGACCUGUCUACUCGAACACCUGGGCCUUGGUGAGGUGGACCACAUUGUCUGCUUCUCUGCAAUCCACUUCCUCUCGCCGGAAGAGUUUGCAUUCCUCCUAGUCUCCUGCUUUGUAGUAGCCAGGAAGUCGAUUACAAUCGGAGUGGACGAGAUCCCAGAUGUAUACAAUGAAAACCUCCACAAUAUGGAUAAAUCAUUUAUGCACUCGUUCAAUCACAUUCGGAAUAUGGAGGCACUGGGAAAGCCUCGCGGCUGGUCUCUUGUUCAGCGCCAGCGCCAGUAUGGCUGGAACUCUCCUGCCACCAAGAACGAUGUGUACACCACCACCUUCAGGUUUGAGAGAAUUGAUCAAAGUAGUGGCCAUGAUGUUUGUCUGGCACGGUUUGCAACACCCAAUUAA